AUGGCUAUACCACAGAACACCGACGUUCCCACCUACGUCGUCUACCGAGACACUCCAGCAGGCGAGCCAUUCGACCCAACCUCGCCCCUCCUCUUCUUCCCUCCAAAGGGAUCCGAUGAGCUCUUCGACGCCUUGAGAAUCGCCUUCCCAAAUGUCAAGACCCAUUCCGAGCGUAUGCGAGACGCCAUGAUCCAGUACCUGCUUCAGGAGCGACAAGAUGAGCAGCUUGCAUCUCCUGCUGUGACGAUGGACACCAUGCCAACCAACACCUGGCCAUCGAUGUCCUCGGAUUCCAACUCUACCUGGAGCAGCCCAGAGCUUCUGAAUUUCCCAACUCCAGAGGCUUCUUUCUCAAAUUCGCCUCAGCUGGCUCCCCAACUUUCUCGACAAACCUCCAUCGCCACAUCUAGCCGGGCAAGCCCAACUGGGCCAUCUAUCGAUCAAAUGACGAAUGUCUUCUGCUUGUCGACAUCUUCGCAGCCAAAGCAAAGAAUCAGACGGAAGAUGACCGACGCCGAGAAGGCCGAGUACCGAAAGCGACGUAUUGUAAAGGCCUGCGACAAGUGCGCCAAGCGAAAGCGAAAGUGUCCUCACAACCAGGCUGAAAUGGCCCAGGUUCCAAACAAAUCCCACAACAGGACAGCGAAGCCAUCUUCCAAGUCGACGACCCCAAUCAACGACAGCCAAACUCAAAAGAUGGCUCUCGACUCGGCGACGACCUUCGAUGAACUGGCAAAUUCAUUUGAUCCUAACGAAUUCAUCGAUUUCAACGACUUCAACAUGUUUGAGGAAUCCUACGCAGAGCUCGACAUGAACGACAUGAUCAACUGGAACCAGAACGAACUUUUCACACUAGAUGUGUCGCCACUACAACGAGACUGGUCUUACGGCAGUCAGGCCGACGACUUCACCAUGCUUGAUCCGCGCGCUACCCACCAAGUGGAAUUCAACAACAUGAGUUUCACAACCGGGGAGACGCACGGUGACACUCUCUACAAUCACAGCAGCGAUAGUAGAGGGGAGCAGCAAUCAUUCGAUAAUCUACAAACCUUCGCCCACUUUGAAGAUGUACAUGCCUUGGCUAAGGCCGGCGGUCUAGAUCGCCAAGGCAACAACGAGCAUGCUCAGCAUCUACGCAACAGCGGUGGUACGAAUGGUGGUGGUACUGCCACGAAUGGCAGCGGCAAUCAAAUGCUUUGGGAGCAUCUACGAACUGGCCAGCCCGAACCUCAGCCGGAGAAGCCUGUUCCGACUCACACGGCGCACGUCCACGCUGCAGACAGUAUAGGCUUACACUCUCUCGAUGAACCUAUAGCGCAAUCGCUGGAGACUAAUCAACGCACGCUACCUCAGACCGUAUUGAGGUUGACAAGCACGGCCAAGGCGGUGACGGUUCUACUGCGACUUCUCGGCAACCGCUCACAGGAAUGCUCUUCUGUGACUGUGGACAGGAUCGUCCACUUACUUCGCGAUCGAGAUCUACAGACCGAUGCUCAUCUACAACAGCAUCGCCGUCGCCAAGUGAGCAACAUGCCGGCGCAUCUACAACGCGCGCUCUUCCAGGAGUCAGCACUCGACGACGGCAGGAAGCGUGCAACAGCGCACCCAGAGGAAGUCCAUCUCACCAGAUCGGAUCUGGUCCGAGAAAAAUCUGGUAGUCGUAGGCUCGUACUUUCCCUUUUGGGAGAGUCAGCUACGCCAUUGACAUCCACCUCCGUGUCAGUGUCGUGCGGUGCUCGAAAGAGCCCUGCAGCGGCUGCUCAAGGACGGCCUCAAGAUCUGCUGCAACAACAGUCAUCUGCAGAGCGAGAUGCUGUGCAGACUGAAGUUCGAUCUUCGCUUCCUCGCCGACCACAAACCUCGCUAGGCGAAGGCAUUCCUGCUGAUGCCAAUGCGGCAUCUGAUCUCUACAUGGCCCGUCGUCGUAUCUCGCCGAGAUUGAACAGAUGGACGGAUGUGAAUACCAGCCCAUCAGUGAAUGCUAGUAUACCCGGGACAGACCAACUGUGCAUCAGUGCCACAAGCAAGACUGCCACGCAGAACCAAGCCAGAGCCCAGAAUGCUGCAUUCGGGCAAGAACAGCUCAACACAGACGUUCGACCAUCGAGGUCCACACCGACGCCUCAACCCAAUGGCGGUGCGUACCUGCGGGUUGGGCAAGAGGCGGCAUCUCCAGUCCACACUCGUCCACGCAACCCAACUGCGUCCGGCUUCAGCGGAGAUACAGACGACCACCACGGCGCAGGCAAUACCAACCUCGCCACAGUCUCCCGCGUCGCCUCGUCCCUCGCGCAAGCCGUCGCCAGCGGCCUGCAAGCGCACGAGGCCCGUCUGUCAUGCCACAACACCUACCGCGACCACCACGGCAGAUCCGCGCUCGCCACCCUAUCCUGGAUCGCCGUCCUCGGCGCCCUCUUCAUGGCAACGGCCAUGGUCGGCAUCUCGCCCUCCGUCGCCCUCCUCGCUCUCGUCUACCCGCUCUCCGCCGCAGAAGAGCUGGAAGGCACCACGUCCCGCCAACAGAAACCCGUCCGCUGCUCGAGGAAGAACAGCUCGUGGCUGUCGACGUAUGCGUCGAUGCAAGUCGGGUCGGCGAAGUCGUCGUCUCGGGGACGUGGGAACGAGAAGGAGAAGCUGCCUCAUUCCGCGUGGGUGUUGCGUCCCGAACCGGACCGUGCAGUCUUGCAGGUUGUCGGCGGCGCAUAG